AUGGAUGCUUUUCUAACGGGGCUUACCCGGCAGGCCAUGAAUUAUGCCAUUCGGUCAGGAAUCGCGAUAACUGCCAGCUAUGCAAUGCGCCAGUCAUCGCGCUUGCUCAAAAAUGUCAAAAGUGAGGACAGAGAUGAGCUACUUUCCUUGCAACAACGCCUGGAAAGCAAGAUCCAAGUUAUCGCCCCAUCUAUUGACAUGAUUGAAUUAAUUGCUGCUCGAGGAAAUACGUCAUUGGAAUCAGCUGUCGCCCUCACAAAAUCUUUGAGAUGGGACAUCCAAGCGCUAGGGCAGCGGUUGGCAAGAGCCGCGGCAUCUGAAGAAUUGAGACGCAAAGGAGCCAGCUCAGCCAAAGAUCAGACGAACAGCGAGAAAGAAAUUAAGCUUAUUAUCAAAGAUAUCAAGAAGCUGUUGGCUCGCAUUGAGGACACAGUGCCCUUGAUGAAUCUGGCCAUAACCACCUCUGGGGCCAAAUUAUCCACCAACUUGCCCGCAACGGUGUCGCCAUCCCGACUCCUCCAAGCAAGCACAUUUCUCACGGCAGGAGAUACACAAUAUUCAAUGACGCCAUCUCAGGCAGUUCAGGUAGGGCCGACUUUUACCUUGUCAAUGUACAUGCUAUUUGCCAGCCACUUGCGACCUCAUGACGAAGAAUCUGUCCGCGAGGCCACGUGGAAGGAAGUCAUGCAUAAGGCACGUUUGAAGCUGCGUCGUGUUCCAAUAGAUUCACUGCAGUCCCCAGAUCAACAUCCGAGAAGCAAGCUUCCAGGACCGGCCGGGUCCGAUGAAUACUUCUAUCAAGUCCUGAUCAUCGAAGACCUAGAUGAUGGUCGAGUCCACACAUUCGACGAGAAUGAUCCACAGCCCCAGAAAUAUGAAGGUGUUACCUCGGCAGGAAUAAGGGAGAUUCUUCCUAUCCAUCAAAUUUCAAAGAUCUUCUACGCAGACACCGGAAAGAUCCUCAACAUCAGCACAGAGGGCGAAACAAACAAUCCAGUGCUACUAUUGAAACGGGAUCUAAACGCUCUCCCGCCACGGCGCAUGAUGGAACGUGACGAGGUGGAGGACGAGUUCCCUCACGCAGAAUCUGAAGAGGAACCAGAAGACGAGGAGCAAGCCCAACUCGAUGCACAGCUGAACGGAGGCGGAAACCCAGAUCCUAGCAGCUUGAAUUAUCUGCAUGAAGAUUCCAUUCCCGAAGAAUGGCGUCUGCCUCCCGGGCUAGACCCAGAAUGGAUCGCAUUUGAAGUCUACAACGAAGAUGAAGCCUCUGAUACCGAGUCCGAAGCUGAAAACCCCGAACCAGAUGAACCCUCAAUCGACCCAAAUAUGAUGGCCAAGCUGUCGCUUAAUGAAAAGGGGCAUUCAUCCCACUCCCUGUCUCCGCUAAAUCAGUCAUUCACAUCCGCCGCUGCCACAACAACAGUCUCCAACCCUCACUUCGAGAACAUCCGCACAUCUCUCUCUCUCCUCGAAACCCUUCUCCGUCUAACAUCCCUCCAGCAAUUCCAGCAACAAUCACACCUCUCCAUCAGCGAUGAACUUCUCAACUUCUUCCUGGAAGAAUCAUCCACCACCGGCGCUGGCGGUGACGAACAGCAUCGUCAGCGGCUCCGCUCUGAGGCCCGCCGUCGCGUGGGCUGGGACCCCUACAAUGAAAGCCCUGUCAAACACCGCGGCGAGGAUUAUCAGUACGGCUGGGAGCCAGGUAGUAGUCCCCGCCAAUAUGGCAGCGAUUCUUACUCGCCUGGCGGGCGGGCGCAGGGAUUUCAUAUUCGUUCCAGGGAGAGUACACCGGAGACCCCAGUGCGCAAGGGCUCGCCGAACGUCCGUCCAAGUGGUUUGCGUGGUAUGAGGCCUGCGUAUGCUGAGUCGCCGCUCUCGAAAAAGAUGGGUAGGUCUCCGAAUGAGGGGGAUCUCAAGUCUGGCACGACAGAUUGA